ACCAAUCUUAGAAAAUAAAAAAACUGGGAUAGAAUAAGCUUCACAUUUAACCAUCUCCAGUCGCGGACUCUGGAGAAUAAGUUAUACCAUGGAACAUAGUAUACAUUAAGUUGUCUUGAGAUAUACAAGCUACGAAUAAAGGGAAAAUUGAGAGCUACCAGAAGGGAUCCUGUGCUUUCCAAACCUUACCAAGCUAACACUGUCCGGAAUACUAGAGAAGCUGCCAAGCUUAAGAAUACUUUUCCUUAAUAAUCACGUUACUGCCACGGCUUUUCCAGGACCACACUUUUUCUCCAGUGGAGGCUUUCCUCAUCUUGAGCAUCUUUCCCUUGGUUGUUUCCUUGCGUUAAUGGAGUGGAGGGUGGAAAAAGGAGCCUUGCCCUAAUCAAAAUGUAAAUUAUACCCUUAUGCAUAUGCACUCUUUCAAAUGUAAAAUAUUCCUUUUAUGCAUAUGGACUCUUCCAAAUGUAAAUCAUUCCUUUAUGCAUAUGCACUCUUCCAAAUGUUUAAGCCAACUGAUUCGCUAAACAAUUGAAUAAAUUGCAUGUGAAGGAGGAGAAAAAACAGAAAAGACUUCUCCAGUUAACCACUUUAAUCAAUCAGAAAAACAGAAGUCGAAAAAGAAAGCUUGUUUAAUUUUUUUCUUUCUUUUUGGUGGAAAUCAGAAAUAUGGCUGAGGCGGUAGUUUCAAUGGUAACUGAAGGGCUCAAAGGCGGUCUCGUUGAGGAGGUGAAGUUCUUGAGCGGAGUUGGCGAUCAAAUUAAGGAUGCACAAAUUGAGCUACUUUUGAUGCAGGGCUUCCUGAAAGAUGCAGAUGCAAAACAAGAAGACAAUGAAGUAGUACGCAUUUGGGUUCAAAUUAUAAGAGAUGUUGCUUAUGAUUUGGAGGAUGUCAUUGAAUCUUUUGCUUUGAAAGUGGCUCUCAGAAGGGGAGGAAGCGUGAAGCUUGUUCUGAAAAGGUUUGCUUGCAUUUGUAACGAAGUCUAUAAUCGUCACAAGUUCGGUUCAGAAAUUAAGAGCAUUACGACCAAACUUUCCAAAUUGAAGUCGAGUUUGCAAGGUUAUAACAUCAAGCAAAUAACGGGCACACAAUAUGGAGGUGCCACUUCUUUUGAGAGGCAAAAGGUUCAAAGGGAAACGUAUCCUCAUGUUAUUGAACGUGAUGUUGUCGGGUUAGAGAAGGACAUGGAGGAACUAGUCACGCAAUUGGUGAAAAAAGAAAAAUGCCCCCAAGUUGUAUCUAUUUGGGGGAUGGGCGGUUCAGGAAAGACCACUCUUGCAAAACAAGUUUAUGGUCACAAUGAAGAUGUUAAGCGUCACUUCGAUUGUUUUGCUUGGGUAUGUGUGUCACAACAAUUUCAAGAAAAAGAGGUUUUGGAAGAUAUUUUGAACCAGCUUACUCGCGACAUCAAAGAUAAAACUAAAGAAAUGAACAAGAAUCAAAUAGUAGAGAAGCUUUGUAGCAUCCAACAAGAAAAGAAAUGUUUGGUGGUUCUUGAUGACGUUUGGACUCGUAAGGCGUGGAACUCUUUAAAACCUGGAUUUCCAAGAGGUGCGGAAACAAAGAGUCGUAUAUUGCUCACCACUCGGAAGAAGGACGUUGCUGAAAUUGCUGGAGAAAAUGGUGUUGUUCAUGCAUCUCAUCCGCUAGAUGGUAUCGAAAGCUGGGAAUUGUUUAAGAAGAUAGCAAUCUCUGGGAGAGAUCAAACAAACUCUCAAAUUGAUGCUGAGAAGGAAGAACUAGGAAAGAAGAUGCUUGAACAUUGUGCAGGUCUACCAUUAGCCAUUACUGUGCUUGCGGGACUUCUAGCUAGAAAAGUCACAGUUGAGUGGAAAACAGUAUCCAAGAACGUCGAUGUGUAUAUACGGAGAGGAACUAAUCUUGACCAAGAAUACAAAGGCGAUCAAGAACGUGCAGGUGCAUCAUGGGUGUUGGCAUUGAGUUAUGACGACUUACCAUAUCGUCUAAAACUAUGUUUUCUAUAUUUAGGCCACUUUCCGGAGGAUUAUGAGAUACCGGUCAAAAGAUUGGCUCAGUUAUGGAUAGCAGAAGGUUUUAUAUCUUCGGGCUCCCAACGACAUGGUUCAGUGGAAGUAUUGGAAGAUGUAGCAUAUGCUUGCUUAAUUGAGUUGGUGGAAAGAUGUAUGGUUCAAGUUGGAACAUUUGGUUCAACUAAGAAGAUCAAAACAUGUCAUCUUCAUGAUCUUAUGCGAGACUUGUGCUUGGUAAAGGCAGAAGAGGAGAACUUUCUUCACGUUGUAAAUUUUACCAAGGCAGCGACAAUUCCUCAAGUUCGAAGACUUGGUGUAUAUGUGGAGGAAAAAUGUGUUGAUAGAUUUGCUCCCACAAGAAAUGACCACCUUAGGUCUUUGUUAUUCUUUGUCGACCCAGAAUAUGGAUUCUCCAACUGGAAGAAAAAAUUCUUGCGGUCAGUAGUAUGCAACUUCAAAUUGCUCAGGGUUCUAAAGUUUGAAGGCAUACGGAGAGAAAAAGUAGAGUUGCCGAGUAAUAUUGGGAAUCUAGUCCACUUGAGGUUUUUAAGUCUAAAGGGAAGUGAUGUAAGACGGUUGCCAUCAUCUUUAGGUAAUUUGGUAUGUUUGCAAACUCUAGACUUACGUGUGUUUGCUUUACCGGGGAAAAUAAAAGUACCAAAUGUGAUUUGGAAGAUGAAAGAAUUGAGGCAUUUAUAUUUACCCUGGUGGGGGUACGGAGGGAAGUUGAAGUUGGUUACUCUUGGGAAUUUGCAGAGUUUAGUCAAUGUUGCAGGUGCUGAUUGUGAUUUGACUCAUCUUGCUGAAUUGACCAAUCUCAGAAAACUGUUCAUAACAGGUUAUGAGGUGAAAAAUAUGGAGGAAAUGUUGAAAUCUACUAGCAUCACAUUUAACCAUCUUCGAUCUCUAUAUCUGGAUAGAGUAGAAGUUAUACCAAUGAAUAUGGUAUUGAGUUGUCCUCAUAUAUACAAACUUGAAUUGAGGGGAAGAAUAAGAGAACAAUCAUUGGAAGGUCUCCAGGGUUAUGAGAACCUCACUAAGAUGGCGCUGGGGUAUACUGGUCUACAGUUGGAGAGUCUCAAAAUACUUGAGAAGAUCCCAAACUUAAGAAUGCUUUGGCUUGUUCGUAGUUUUGAUGAGAAUGUUACAGAAGUAGUUGUCUCAGAAGAAGGUUAUCCUAAUCUUGAAUUUCUUGAAGUUUCUGGUUUGAUGGGAUUAAAGAGUUGGAGGAUAGAGAAAGGAGGCAUGCCUAGACUCCGCAGAUUGUCUAUUUCCCACUGCGGAUUGAGGGCAGUUCCUGAGGGGCUUGAGAAUGUUACUACCCUCAAGGAAUUAAAAUUGUCGAUGCCUAAGAGAUUCUGUAGUAGGGUUGGGGAAGGAGGAGAGGAUUUCUACAAAAUUCAACAUGUGCCUUCUCUUCUCAUUACUUAACUGAAGAAAGUGGUGGGGAGUGGGAGUGUGGCAAAGGUGGCGAAUGCAGCUGGGAGGGCAGUUAGCGUAUCCAUGUGUUAUAUCGUAUGUACAGGUAUAUGAUUUGCUUAAUUUCACUUUUUAUUUAUUUAAUUUUUUUUUAUAUACUUGGAACUCGGAAGCUGUAAACCUUGAUCAUCUGUAACAUAUGCAUAAACAGUUGUCGAUAGUCGAUGCGUUGCUAAUAACAUCGAAGUUUCGAAGA